ACCCGCCAAAACACCCCAUCCAAAUCCUGAAAUCCCAUCUGGACGUCCGACCAUCUUCUCGACCUUCCUACACAACAAAACCUUCGCCCAUCUCGACGAACCUCCCCCUCUUCCGCUUUCCGGCAUCCAUUCCUUUGCGCUCCGCUCCGGUCCCUCACACUCUGCAAUCAUGGCAGAAUUCGUACGAGCUCAGAUCUUCGGUACGACCUUCGAGAUCACGUCCAGAUAUUCCGAUCUUCAACCUGUUGGAAUGGGCGCAUUCGGUCUAGUUUGCUCUGCUAAAGAUCAACUUACCGGCCAGAAUGUUGCGGUUAAGAAGAUUAUGAAGCCUUUCAGCACUCCAGUCCUGUCGAAACGAACAUACCGAGAGUUGAAGUUGCUGAAGCACUUGAAGCAUGAAAAUGUUAUCUCCCUCAGCGAUAUCUUCAUUUCGCCUCUCGAAGAUAUUUACUUCGUCACCGAACUUCUAGGCACAGAUUUGCACCGUCUCCUCACCUCCAGACCACUCGAAAAGCAAUUCAUCCAAUACUUCCUCUAUCAAAUUCUGCGGGGUCUCAAGUAUGUUCACUCUGCAGGUGUCGUCCAUCGCGAUCUCAAGCCCAGCAACAUCCUCGUCAAUGAGAACUGCGACCUCAAGAUCUGCGACUUCGGUCUCGCCCGUAUCCAAGAUCCCCAGAUGACCGGAUAUGUCUCCACGAGAUACUACCGAGCCCCGGAGAUUAUGCUCACAUGGCAGAAGUACGAUGUUGAGGUUGAUAUCUGGAGUGCGGGGUGCAUCUUCGCAGAGAUGUUGGAGGGCAAGCCUCUGUUCCCUGGAAAGGACCACGUCAACCAAUUUUCCAUCAUCACUGAGCUCCUCGGUACUCCACCAGACGAUGUGAUCCACACAAUUGCCAGUGAGAAUACUCUCAGAUUCGUCCAAUCGCUGCCCAAGCGCGAAAGACAACCAUUGAAGGACAAGUUCAGAAAUGCUGAUCCUCUUGCGAUCGACCUCCUUGAGGAGAUGCUUGUCUUUGACCCAAGAAAGCGUGUAAAGGCCGCUGAGGCUCUCGCCCACGAAUACCUUUCACCUUACCACGACCCUACAGAUGAACCGGUUGCGGAGGAGAAGUUUGACUGGUCAUUCAAUGACGCAGACCUCCCAGUAGAUACGUGGAAAAUCAUGAUGUACUCCGAGAUUCUUGAUUACCACAAUGUCGACACUGCAAAUGCUGAGGCACAAGCCAUGGAAGGCUUUACGAAUGGGCACUAAGUUUCCUUAUGACGGCCGGCCCUUCUUCAUCUUCUAUUCAGUUGUGGGUUAGGU